AUGUCAGUCACGGCAGGAGUGAGUGAUACCAUAAUCAGUAUAAGGGAAAAGCUACGUGGUAAGAUUGGACAGACAAAAGUGAAAAGAUAUUGGUCUGGAAAAGCUCCCGAAUGGGCCGAGUAUAAAGAAGAGGUAGAAGAAGAUGUUACGAUGCACAAAGUUGUUGUUUUGGAUUGGAAGGAUGAUCCAAGGCUGCGACGUUUAGCUCAGGCAAGAACUGAAGAUCGUGAACAAGUUAUAGCUGAUCAUAUGCGUAUUAGACAGGCUGAGAUUGUAUCUACAGAACAAGAAGAGGAUGAGACUAGAGACGACGAGGAAGAAAAUGAAGAAAUACGAAGAAGAAGAAUCAAAGAAGCGAAUCUUGAAAGAGAGCAAGAGGAGGAUGUAGAAGAUGAAGAUGAAGAUGAAGAUGAAUACGAGACUGAUGAUGAUUCAGAAGACGAAGAAGAGAUGCAUGUGAUUAACAUGAUCAAGCCUUUCUAUGUACUAAAAGAUGCGAGAGAUACGGUAGCUGAGCGUAAGCGUCUUGAGGCUGAAGUAGAAGCUUUUGAGGAACUAGCAAAGAGAAAACUUGAGAUAAGAAAGAUAGAGACAAAGCAAAUAGUAGCUGAGGAACUUAGGAAAGAUGAGGAGAUCCUGAAGAACAUGUUAGUACUAGAAGAUGUAGAAACUGAUGACGAAAACAAUGAAGCUGAAGAGUACGAAGUUUGGAGGACAAGAGAAAUGGCUAGGAUCAAGAGAGAAAGAGAUGCAAGGGAAGCUAUGUUGAGAGUGAGUUUGGGUGAAACUAAACCAAAGCUACUUAUUGUUAUGGAGAACAUUUUCUUCAACAGAACACUGACGGAGCAGUACGAUCUGAAAGGAAAGACCCAGGGCCGCCUAACGCUAAACCGGGCAGAAACAUUGCUCGAUCAGAACUUUGUUAACCAGAUGCAUAGUUCCCCUUUACGAGCUCAAAACACCAUGGACUAUUCUCUGCUUGUGGGCGUGGAAAAAAAGAACAAUGAAGUCGUAUGUGCCAUAAUAGACUACCUCGCACCUUACUCACUGAUGAAGAAGGUGGAGUCUGAGACAAAAACUGCUAAGUAG